CCAGUGCCCUGCCUUCAACGGCCUCUCCAUCCUUGGCUCUGUACACCACCACCGCCGAUCUCGCACGUCCCCGCCUCAGUCCGUUGCUGCGUGCAACCGCCGCUUGCUGCCCGCUACAUGACCACGGCGUGUCCGCCUCUUGCCUCUCUGUCUUCCCAGCUUCUUUCUGCCGCGGCUCUGCCCAGCCCCAGUCUCCCUUCUCUUGAUCGAGCCGCCAUCACCAUGACCACAGACGUUGUCGCUGCCAACGAUUCUUUGGCACCGACCUCGUUGCCGCUCGCCGCUCAGGAACGGCCUGCUCUGCCCGACCAUUCCGACGAGUCCUCCUCGCCAAAGUCCCAAGCCGCCCUGACCCUGCCCGUCAUCAAGCCGGACGUGCAUGCUGCCGCUGCUGCCGUCGAGUCGCCCGAGUUCCGCCCGGCGCUGCCAUCCUGGACCUCGCCAGAGUCCCUCAAGGACAGGUAUCUCUAUGUCCUCGAAGAGAACCGCGACCUGCUGCUCCGGCUGAACAACCUCCAGAGCGAAAACAAGUCCCUCGCCGACACACUAAGCUGCGUCCAGCACGAGUACUUUCUAUGCAAGCAGGAUCGCGACCAUCUGCAAAUCAGCUACGAGGCCCUCCUGGCCGCCCAUGACAAGCGCCUGGGAGCCACCAAGCGCACUGAUCGCCCUCUUGUACACCACCACGAUGGUACACAAAGCGACGGCGACAGCACCGAUAGCGAUACCCCAAUGCACAAUAUAGCGGCUACCCCGUCCUUCAUCAAGCUUUUCGAAGAAGCCUACUCGACCCGCUUCUUAGAGCUGUCCGAGCUGGAUCGCGCGCGCAUCGAGGAGGAUGCCGCGAGCUUCCUGAUCUCCAAGCACGGCAGCUCGGCUGCCACCUUCGACCUUACGGUCUAUGACCGCCAAGUUCAGCGCAGAGUCUCUGCCAUUCCGAUCAAGUACAAACAGGAGUAUCUUGCCCAGCUGGCUCGGCUCAUGGCUACGAUUCGCCAUGUCCCUGCAUCUGUCAAGAGUGACUCUCUGCGUCUUGCAUACCCAGUCGAGCCCGACCAACAGGGCUUCUCUGGUCUGCUAAAGCGCCACGACGACGAGCCGCGAAAGCGCCAUGCCGAAACCCUCCACGACGGCCCUGCCAGCGACGUCGCCAAUGUCCCUGCCCGACACGAAGAGGUCGAUAGCGCCAACGGCGCCCUGCUCGGCGGCCCCGACAAAGCCUUUGCUCGCCCCAUCGUCAAGAAAGAGCCUCCAAAGCCUCACCACCAUGCCACCAAGGCCGGCGCCAAGGAUGAAUACAUGGCCUGGACGGACGUUGUGCGCACGCGAUUCCCGUACUUUAUGGGAUCGACUCCGGCCAUGUCCAACCUAGUCAAGUCGUUCCUGAAGGAGCGCAAGGUCCCCGAGGUGCGGGUCACGCCCUCCAACUUCAACUCAACCGCAAGGCCCACCCUCGGCAUCCCUGGACGCUUCCACCAAGAGUUCCUGGACCUGUUUGAGCACCGCUUUGUCGGCCCCGACGGCGAGAUCGAGCGACGAAAGGGCUCGUCGGCCACCAGCAACAUGCCCUGGCGCGAUCCGUCCUCGCCCUCCAAGGGUUCACACAAGCGCAGCUACGAGAGCGGCGACGAGUCCAGCCAUACCAGCGGCAGCUCCUCUCCGAUCUCGACCGCCAGCCAGCCUGCGCUGCCAGUCGCUGCUCAUGCUGCUCAUGCUCACACUGCCCAUGCCCACACUGCCCAUGCCCAUGCCCAUGCCCAUGCUGCCCAUGCUCAUGCUCACGCCGCCCAUGCGUCCAGCGCCGCCAAGCCCAAAGGCGCGACCCAUUACACUGAUCCCUUCAAGCCCAUCAUCUGGUCAGAGAUUGUCCGGCCCAAGUUCACGUCCUAUCUGAGCGACAACACCCGCAACACCCUGUUGCUCUCCCGCAUCCGCAACGGCAUCCGCGCUUAUCUACAUGACCGCGUGGGGCCCCUGCACCUGACCGUCGAGGGCUGCCUCGUUCCGUCGACACACGGCCGCGGACGCAAGACCUACGGCGUCCCGCCUGUCCUUCACGAAGAGUUCCUCGAGUGGUUCGGCCAUCACGUCCUGACCCACUUCAAGAGCUUCCCCGAAGGCGCCAACCCGCCCAUCUACUCGUCCUCGCGAUACUACUCCGACCUCGAGCGCGACAAAAUUCUCGCCUCUCACCCGAUCCCGAUCAUCAACCAGACGGGGAACUUGGGCUCCUCGAUCGAUCCGGCUCGGCACCCGACCUCCAGGUCGAUGAGCGCCGUCUCCCCCGACUAUGGACACGGAUUCUCUGAUCACGAUGAUGCCAGUCUGGAUCCUAACGCAGCCAAGCGCCGCAAGCUAAAGGAAGAAGCUGGCGAGCGGCUCGUUGGCAACCUGCAUGGCAGAGACGGUGUUAUGAUGGCGGUGCCGCUCCCGGCAAUCCAGUUGCGCCAGUCUUCCGAGUCGCUCCCGUCGGUACCGGCUGCUGCUGAUGUCGAGGAUCGGCCGGCCGCGAUCAGCCCCGAGAAGGGAUCCAAUCUCGUUCGCUACAACAUCAUCUUGAAGCAGGUGAUGCCCAACUACACCAGCAUCACCACCAACGAGGACAAGAUCGAGAUGAAGCGUGCCGUCAAGAACUUUCUCCUCUCCAAGAUGAGCCGCGACCGGAUUUCGGAGUGCAUCCUGUGGUCGAGCACAGGCAGCAUGCAGUACAACACCUACGGCAUCCCGCACGACCUCGAGCCCGAAUUCCGAGCCUGGGCCAAGAAGGAGCUCGAGCAGCGCUUCGGACAGCACGUGCAGCACGCCUAAGACCCAUCUGCUGCGAGAAGGGCUCCAUUGACCUCUUCCUCUACAGUUUUGCCUCACUCUCUCGCACCCUCUUCCGACCAGUCGCAUCCUUCGUGGCCGACGGAGGUC